GACGUCCAGAUUGACACAUUGGCAAGACGAGCUGAGAAGCGACGGAUUUACGUGAAUGCAAAAUGACAGCUGUGCCGGGAUAUUCCUUUGUGCUGCUGUUGUGCGCAGGCUUGUGUUCUGCAAAGUUUAUGCAUAGAGAAAUUACGACGGUGUACGGCAACGAGAGAAAGUCAGUCACCAUCCCGUGCAUUUCCCCGGACAACGGCAUGGAGCAAAGCCAUCUGGUGCGGAUCUUCUCCGACACGGAGCCAAACAGAUCGCCGAACUUUCCUUACUCCAUGAACGCCGAUGAAGGCGCGAGGAUAGAAAACCUCAGCAUGGACAUGGAAGGCAAGUACAUGUGCAUCGGAUUCCUCGGCAAGAAGAAAGUCGAGUCGCAGAUCUUUGAGCUGAUUGUUGAGAAAGUCGACCACUUUCACAACGUGAAGCUCAAUGCCUCCUGGGUGAUGCUAAAACGAGGCGAUAUGUUUUCUGUCCUCUGCGAGGUCAAUUCCGUCAGGCCAAGUCGGCCACUGAAGUGGACCGCCAGCUCUACAAAUGUGUCGUACGGCAUGAAACAAUUUAACAGUGUAGAUAAUGGCUACUAUCGGACGGAGUGCCUCUACAUCACAUCGGUGCACCCGGAUGACGCCGGCAGCUAUACUUGUUACAGCGUAAUAAGAAUGGAAGGAAGGAAAUACAAUUACAAAAAUGCAACAGUCGAACUGGUCGUUGUAGAUGACGGCUUCAUUAACGUAACAAAGCAAAGCUCCGAUACCCACAAAAUCUUGAAGGAGGGGGAUUCUACAACCCUGGAAGUGGAAAUGGUGGCCUAUCCACCCAUCACCCACUGGGCAUGGUACCACGGCGAGGAGCUGGUCAAUGAGACCGAGCAUACUGAGAAGUCAUCCGUCGACGACAGACACAGGUACAAGUUCGAGCUGAAUCUGUUACGAGUCAAAGCCAAUGAGAAUGGGGAAUACUCCUUCUUCGCUCAGAACGCCGACCGAAAUAUCUCAGUGCCCUUCUGGAUCUCUGUUACAAGCCAAAUAAUCCGCCCAAAAACGGUCCAUGUGACCGACACAUCGUCCAUAACUGCUGUCAUCGCGGUGACAUGUGUGCUGCUUGUCGGAUUCAUUGUGCUUCUCUACAAAUACAAAACUCGACCCAGGUACGAAAUCCGCUGGAAGAUGAUUGAAGCAGUAAACAAUGGAAACUCGUACAUUUACAUUGACCCAACGCAGCUACCGUACGACGACAAGUGGGAGUUUCCACGAAAUAAGCUUGUCUUUGGGAAACUACUGGGCUCCGGGGCCUUUGGCAAGGUCGUGAAGGCCGCAGCGCACGGCCUUCUCAAUGAAGACACUUCCACCAACGUGGCUGUGAAGAUGCUUAAACCCGGUGCUCACUCCAGUGAGAAAGAGGCCCUAAUGUCGGAGCUGAAGAUAAUGAGCCACUUGGGUCAUCAUCUGAACAUCGUUAAUCUGCUGGGGGCUUGCACCGUUGAAGGUCCGACUUUGGUCAUCACUGAGUACUGCUGCUUUGGAGACCUCCUCAACUUUUUGCAGAAGAAGAAAAGUGACUUCAGCCUCGAGAUUGUGAAGAAUAAAUUGUCUAACUACUCCAAUAUGCAGUCGAUAAAGAACUUCCUAAAUCUGAGAGAGACCAAGGCAGAGAGCAAUGACUACUGUCAGAUGAAUGCAAGUAUGGCCCAAGUGGACUUCCCAGAACGUGCUGGUGCAAUGAUGGACUAUGUGGAAUGCAAGAGCCUGGAUGAUGGCAAAAAUGCACUGCUGGCAGAGAUGGAGGAAGCUGACAACCUCCCUUUGGACCUUCAAGAUCUUCUCAGUUUUGCUCUCCAUGUUGCCAAGGGAAUGGCCUUCCUUUCCUCAAAGAAUUGCAUCCAUCGUGACCUGGCUGCUCGGAACGUCCUGAUUACGAGCGGCCGUGUCGCCAAGAUCUGCGACUUUGGCCUGGCUCGAGACAUCGACAACGACUCCAACUACGUCAUCCGUGGGAACGCUCGUCUUCCCGUCAAGUGGAUGUCCCCGGAGAGCAUCUUCCACUGCCUGUACACAGGCCAGAGCGACGUUUGGUCCUAUGGCAUCCUCCUGUGGGAAAUCUUCUCUCUCGGUGAGACACCCUACAGUGGCAUCAGAGUGGACUCCAGCUUCUACCAGAUGAUCCAAGAGGGAUACAGAUUGCCGCCACCAAGAUUCAAUACAACUGACAUGUACGAACUGAUGCUGGCUUGCUGGAAUGCGGAACCGGUGGAGAGACCCACGUUUGAUCAGCUGGUCGAUUUAAUUGAACGACAGUGGUCGUACAGGCACUCGUGCAAGGAAGAAACUCUUCAAUAGCAUCGUUCUCCGAGGGGCCAGUGGUAGAGCGAGCAGAUCGAGAUCUGAAGGUGGAGAAUAAAAAAACAUGGUCGGGGGUUGAUGUGGCCCAUCGCACCUCAGGGGUUGUUAAAAUCGGUGCCACUCUAUGAUCACGUGGCCCAGGGCUGUAAACGGGAGACGAACACCACUUCAGUAUUCAUUUGAGUCAAAAUUACUUCAACGUUGGAGUACUGCAUCAGCAUUACGUGUAUUUAAACUUUACUGCACUUGAGCCCUAGUCUGCUGAAUUCUAAUUAAUCUUCACAUUCUCCACGGAGCCAGAGUCCAGUUCAUUUAGAAAACACACUCAUGCAUUUUAAUUUACUCGGUGAAGAUUCAUAUCGGCAAUAAAUGGCUACAUUCUGAUGUCCAAAUCCGCAAAAAUAACAUGCAUUUAUAUUCUUAAGAGAAUAGUGAAUGUAGCCAUUUCAUUCAUGCACUUCAUAUUUUCCUCAUACGUGAGCUGCCAGAUAAUGUAAUUAGCGUUAUGUGCUGCUCUUACCGAUGUGGGGGGGGGGGGGGGGGGGCGGACACCAGUUUCAAAGGGGCCUGGGAAAUAUCGACCACAACAAAUGUUGUCGAUCAAAAAUUAUCGUCAGUAAGUCGACUUUGCAUUGACCCAUCGUGCCAUCUGUACCGUUCUUUACAAGCAGCAUCGCUCAAGCAGCGUUUACAACCCCGGUUCCUUUCGCACGUUAAGUGAAGCCAAAUCGUGUCAUUUACCAGACUUAUGCACAACACGUCGAUUUGUGUUCCCGACUUAACACCUCAACUCCGCUGCCUGGCUCCUCUCCACCCAUCCACCCUUUCAAUAUCGUUCUGCUCUCUCUGCCUUUGGCCCUCUCUCUCUCUCUGAAUGCCUACCCUCUAUCUUUCUUGCUGUGCUCAUUGACUCUCCGAUCCUUUAUUAUCUCCGCACUGAUAUAUCUAACAAUACUGGAGUAGUCUAAUUCCGCCACACUGCAACUGAAUAGGGCAUCACCCCUGGCAAAUGAAACACAUGGAACCGCCAGCGGGAUUGGUCGUUUUCCACAGAUAUGAAUUGCGAAAAAAUUUAAGUUGCACUGCUUCAACCUAGGAACUCACUGCCUUUAACUGUGGUAAUACAUUUAAUAUACAAAUAAUAAUAAAAAACUCAUAAUCCAUCAGCCUUAACGCACGAUAUUGAGCAUCGCAAAGAGACAUCCCUCAUGGAUGGGAGACAGCCUCUGCUGUAGAAUGUGCAAAGUAUGAAUUGCUUCCAUAUCCCAUGUCAACUGUCUGUUUUUGGCUUAAUUGCAUCAGAACAGAGUGCUCUGUCAAGUUAAGUGGCUGUCUAGGCCAACAGGUGAAUCAACACAGUAUGGCACGUGACUCUUGUUUCAAUUAUGUACGGUUUUUUUUCAUAACGUUUAUGGUAUAAAUUGUUUCUUCAAACUUUCGUGACUGCAGGAAUUCAUAUUUUUAUUAUUUUUCUAUAUACGUGACUUUACCGAAAGAACCAAAGAAUGUGUAUGGUAUACUUUUGUUUUCAUAGUAACAAUAUUAAUGCACUUAAUAUAUUUCGAAGAUGACAUUUGCACUGUGGUGAUUUCAUACAUUAGUUACUAAUUUUAUUAACAUACAAUAUGAUCACUGAUAGUUACUGUAAUUUACGUGAAAUUAAGAUAACAUAGAUUCGUCAAAUGGUAUUUAAGCUAGUGGAAAUACAAAUUUGUACUGACAUUUUAUAGCUUGUCACAAAAGCAUUACAGUAUUCGCUAAUGAUGCAUUACUGGUACAGUUUAUGAGUAAUGAAUAUCGAUUUAUAUGAUCACAACAAGCUUUACAUGGUAAUUUGUAAAGCAUACUUUUGUAAUGGAACAUGAUAUAUCUGAAACUAAUGAUGACAAACAUCAUUGGAGUAAUACAUCUCAUGCUGUCGUAACGUGGUUUUAAUGCAACUUUUGUCUUUGUUGUACAAUGUUGUGUUAGAUCCAUAAUUUGCUUUUCGUCUUCGGCAAAGUAUUUCACUGAUAUAUAUUUUUUUAAACGUCUAUUUUCUAAGCUUGUAACUGUAAGCUUGAAUAGUGUCUGAGGUUUGUCAGUUUUUAAUUAUCACACGUUUUAUAAUUUCGUGUUUUUUUUACAUUCGUGGAUUAUCAACACACCACCAGGAUAUUAAUCAGAUCACUUUGAUUUUUAACACCGGGCUGUUGAGGGAAUAUAAGUGCUGGUCUAAGGUUAGGACGAUUUAAAGAUGUAUCUCAAAUGCUAUGAAUGGAAGUGUUAUUUCAAAAUAGAUUUGUAGCUUAACUGACACCGACAAUUAAUGGCGAGUCCAGUACUGUAAACCUGUUUGGAGUAGAAAUAGGUGUUUUAAUACACCGAUAACUUGAUUUUUUCAAACUUUCAAAUGUUUUACUGGACAUAUUGAACUCUUGUUUUAAAAAUGAACUUAAGUCUUUUUUUCACACACUAUCUUCGUUUUUCACCAAAAAAAAGAUAAAAUGUAUUUUUCAGUAUUUUUUUUUCUUUUUGUAUCGUUAAAUAUCCAGUAUUCAUAUUUUUACCCAAAAGUUGUACAAUAUUAAAUAAACAGCAAAACAUAU